CUGGGCAGUCAGAGGUGUGGGAACAGGACGCAGCGGCGGCGCACGGGACGCGCACACGUGGAGGAACAAACGCUGCACUUUUAAGGGGAACUAGUUCAGCAGCCCGAAGUCUGAACGAGCAGCCGGGCUGGUGUGUGUGUUUGUGGCGGGGUGGGGAGGGCACAACAAUGCUCCUUGAAGAGCCAAAUAGGUGACUGGAAACAAGCGCUCUUUGUGAUCUUCUGCCGCUGAUUCAGAAAAUAAAAGUGGGCGCACCGGGAGAGAAGGGUCAUGGAAAGCCCCUGGAGGAGGAGGAGGACGCAGGCGGUGAGGUGGAAGUUGUUGAGGAACUCGCUGCUGCUUUGUUUAUUCACCGGCGGCAGUGAAGCCCAGUGUGAAGGCUGUAUCGAGUACUGCUGCGAUGGAACGCCACAGUUCUGCUGCUCCUACUACGCCUACGUGGGGGACGUCCUCUCGGGCACUGCCAUCUCCGGUAUCGUUUUCGGCGUGGUGUUUCUGAUGGGGGCGGUGGCAGCCUUGUUCCUGUGCGUGUGUAUGUGUAUGAAGAACGGGCGAGGCGCGCGGGUCGGCGUGUUCAGCACCUCCUACAUCAACACUGUGACCCAGGGCUACCCAGGUCCUCCACCUCCGUACACCUACGACUAUGAGAUGUACCCUCCAUCGCUGCAUCCCCCACCUUACACCCCAACUCAGCCUCGGCCGGCCAACUACUCCCCACCUCCUCCUUACCCUGGCUGCACUCGCAAGUGAAUCCCUGCAGCACACAUUGCCUACUGGCCAGCUCAAAGGAAACUCUCAUGGCCUGGUCUUCCAGACGUGGGGGUGGCUGCACAUCUCUGGCUUCUAAUGGGGUUCAAGACAAUUUAAGAGGCCCUGAAGAAUUUCCACAGUUAAAAAAAGGUUGACCCAGUGCAAUAUUGUCAGCGAUAUGCAGUCAAGAUGUAAAAGUCACCGCGUUCCUGCUGGAGUCUGGCCCAAAUGAUGGGGAAAUGAAUUUAACACAAUGCUGGUGAGAACACUCCACAUUCUAAUAGCCUUAAAUGUUAGCAGCCCUGCAGCCCCGCAGCUGGUACUCUUUCCCCGCUAAUAACCAAUAUCCUUAUCCGUCGCUGGCUCUGCACAUCAAAGACACCGUGCCGCUUUGAUGAAGGUGAAGACCACAUUUGUCAGCAUGGAAGGGGAACCUCACAUCACUGGAGGAGGGAAGAGUCUUUCCAGGACACCGUGUAGACUCUGCUUUCAUGGAAAAGUUACCUAUUUUUUAAGAACUUGAUUUAUGUCAGCGACUGAGGUGGAAGUUGGUGAUUAAAGCUGUUUUGAACGCGUCAGGUGAGGACCUGUCAUGUGUAGACACAAAGACUUGAACGUAAUGCAUCAUGAUACUGACUGUCAUGGCAACUUGAAAGGACUGGGUUGUUGGUAAUGAGCUGUUUUUUACUGCCUUACUUGAAACGAUGUGAGGGGGAACUGAACUGUGGGUCACGUCAUGUUCAGUUGGAAAAUUGUACUUUUUUUUUUUGCCUUUGUGAGAUUCUUGAAAAUUUGCAGUUGUUGGCUGAUUAAGGGUGUAACUGAAAGUGAAGUGACCUCACUGAGCUCUGACUGAUACAUGUGAUGGAUGACUGUGAAUGAUGGAGGGGGUUUAACUAAACUUGCGUCAGGUUAUUGUACGUGUUUCUUAACUGUUUAAG